AGUGUCUCCAUCGUCCUUCAUGGGGCCCCACGUCCUUCGGGCCAUCGCUCUGCAACGUUGAAGGCAAUGUGGGAUUUCUCUCAAUCUCACCACCGGGCGCCUCGAUUUCGCCAUUUUGGCUCCGGAUGAGAACAGAGCGAAACAGCCUGUCGGGCCAUGGAUUCUCCAAUGAAGCCCGGAUGCUCGCAGCAGACCCUUGCUUGCCGCAGCGGCUCUCGGGGGGCUUGUUUUGUCAUUCGUUCCCUUGCCCCUCUCUCUGCUGUUUUUGGCAUUUCGGAGCAUCGGCGGCCUGGGUAGGAUUAGAUUUCAUACUGUACAGCAUUAGUAUAGUAGGACAUGGAUUGUUCGUCCGAGCGGAUUUGAACUGACCUAUGGGAGGCUUGGUUGACUUUGGCAAAGGUUUGUUCCACUUGCUAUCAAUCUUUGCGGACGAAAAGAAACAUGAGUAUGAUCGUAGAAGAGAG